UGGGCCCGGCCGGAGCCGGCAAGGUCAGUUCUCAAAGACAACCCCCCUCCUUCCGCUCCGUUGCCCUGUCUCCGUGCGGGCAUCCAGAACCGCCGUCCCAUCUCCUCUUCGUCCCGUACGCCGGCCGCAGCGCCGGCUACGCCCUCCUCCAAAUGGCCUUCCGAAAGCUGACAUUCCAUCUGACCAGUCCACCUUCUGCGCCUCCCUCAUAACCCACCUGAACCUCAACCGCCGCUCCGCCUUCUACGUCAACCUCGACCCGGCCGCCGAGUCCUUUGAGCACGCCCCCGACCUCGACAUCAAAGACCUCAUCUCCCUCCACGACGCAAUGGAAGAAGUCGGCCUCGGCCCCAACGGCGGCCUCAUCUACUGCUUCGAGUUUCUCAUGGAGAACCUCGACUUCCUCACCGAAGCCCUCGACAACCUCACGGAAGAGUACCUCAUCAUCUUUGACAUGCCGGGCCAGAUCGAGCUCUACACCCACAUUCCCAUCCUCCCGGCCCUCGCCCGCUUCCUCUCCCAGCCGGGCAGCCUCGACAUCCGCCUCUGCGCCGCCUACCUCCUCGAAGCGACCUUUGUCGUCGACCGCGCCAAGUUCUUCGCCGGCACCCUGUCGGCAAUGUCCGCCAUGAUCAUGCUCGAGAUCCCGCACAUCAACGUCCUCUCCAAAAUGGACCUCGUCAAAGACCAGGUCCGCAAAAAGGACCUCAAGCGCUUCCUCACGCCCGACACGGGCCUCCUCGACGACGACCCCAUCUCCAUCGCCGCCGCGGGCGGUGAGCCCGAUGACGGCCGCGGCGAGGUGCACGAUCGCGACCUCGUUAUGCGCGGACGGAGUUUCCAGAGGCUGAAUCGGGCUGUUGCGGGCUUGAUUGAGAGCUUUAGCAUGGUCAACUACCUGAAGCUGGAUAAUACGGACGAGGACAGCGUCGGGGCGAUUUUGAGCUAUGUGGAUGAUAUUAUUCAGUACCACGAGGCGCAGGAGCCCAAGGAGCUCAAGGAUGCGGAGUUUGACGAGCCGCAGGACGACUGAGCUCGGCACUUGGUUGUCACAGGAGGCAGACGAGGCUGUUCCCUGAUAUCCAGGGCUUGCGAAUCCAUGGGUCUCGCGUGGCUGUGACCGUGGGAGUGAACAUUUCCCCAGGUGCUUGAACCCCCAAGAUGGAUGGCAGAUUGACGGGAAACAAAAGGUUCGGCAGAUACAGAUGGUUGCAUAGCGUUGGCGUUGGUAUUUAUUUAUCCAUUGAGC